AUGGAAAAUUAUUCAGGUGAAGCAUUCGUUCACCACAGAGACCAAGUUACAAAUCUUAUAGAUACCUUUAGUGAGUUAUACUUGGAUUCAGAGGAAGAAAGAGAAGGUAGAGAUGUGUCUACAGAGCAGAUAGGUGAGUUGUCGCCUAAAAAUGAUGAUUUGCCUUUACCUCCUCCACCACUUGAGUUCUAUGAGGAUGAAUUGCAGCAUAACAAUUCAGGAAAUGAACAACGGAUAAGUAGUAUUGAGCAUAGAGUCAGUGAACUAGUUCCCAAUGAAACAUUGAACGUGCAGUUAAAAGCAUGUGAAGACAGGCUUAACUAUCGGUUACAGAGAGAGCUGGAUCGUCUUAAACAGCAGUGUUAUACCCGAGUUGAUGAAUUGAGCCAGAGCAUGGUGGAUUGUUUAAAGAGUCGAGAUCGACAACUAGAUCAACAAUUCAAAGCCAUUAAACCCAUCACAUCUACUCCUGUCUGUUCUAGUAUCGCUACCUCUCAGAAGUUGUCUCAAACCCCAUCCAAGAGUGCUUCGCUUACUCAAGACAUCACAGAGAAAGUAACGUAUCUUUCAUCUCCAAAUCCAUAUCCAACAGUUAAGAUGGAUUUGCCCACAUUCAGUAAUUUAGAUUCAGAAGACCCCAUUGAUUUCAUUGAUCGGUUUGAAGAGUACAAUGAGUUGAGACCUCUGCAUCAUGAAGAGUUGUUAGCAGCGCUAUCUGUGAGUCUUAAGGAUACUGCUAAAAGUUGGUGGAGAGCAGAGAGGCAAAAUAUUAGAGAUUGGCCGUCCUUCAAAGAGAAGUUCCUUUUCUCAUUUUUAAACGAAGACCAUAAAGAAGUUGCUGCUCAGAAGCUGGCAAAUUGUCGACAAAGGGUUAAUGAAAAUAUAAGAGACUUUGCUUUUAAUUACAGAGCGAUGACAUUAAAGAUUAAUCCUGAAAUGCCUGAAAAUGAGUUGGUGCAAGCAACGCUGAGAAACUGUAAUCCGAGAUUGGCUUCACUGUUGAGAGGAACUGUAAAAACUGUGAAUGAUCUGGUUCGUCUCGGAACCCAAAUAGAGAAGGACUGGACAGAGAGCAAGAGGAGAUGGAAUCAGGAGAAAGUAUGGCAGAGACUGAGGCAGAAAGAUGAGCAGUUGACCAAAAGUGCUCAAAUGUUCAUGCUCGCCAAUGGCCAGAGUCAGAAAACCCAAGGUAAAGUGUGCUGGCAAUGUGAAAUAUAUGGAGUGAAACAGGAGAUCACAUUUUAUGUGAUGGAGGAUGAGAAUUUGGCCGUUCCUGUCAUCUUGGGGGUGGAUUUUCUCAAAAAGGCUGGAGUAGUUAUUGAUUUUAAUGCUUCACGAGUAUAUCUGCCGGAUGUUAACUCUAGUCACCCUAUGUGUUUUAAUGACGUGCACGAGCCUGCCUCUAUCCAGUUUUAUGUCGCACAAGGAGAAGGAGCGAUGCACAAUGAGGAAGAGUUGAAGUUGAUCGACCAGGCUGUGGAAAGCUCCAAUGCUUCAGCUCAGGUAAAGAGUCAGUUGAAAGCUCUUAUGUACAAUUGGCCUUCAGUAUGUACACUUAAGCUUGGUCGUACAAAUUGUAUUAGGCAUGAGAUAAAAACAACUGACGAACUGCCUUUACGGAAAAAACCAUACAGAGUCUCGAGGGCUAAGAAUGAUUUUAUUGAAGAGCAGGUUAAGGAGCUACUGCAACAGAAGAUUAUCAGACCUUCUACGUCACCCUGGGCUUCACCUGUGGUAGUGGUAGAUAAAAAAGAUGGAGGAUCACGGUUAUGUGUUGAUUAUCGUGGGCUCAAUGCAAAAACUCACCUAGAUCCUUAUCCCAUGCCUCAGAUAACGGAUAUUCUUGAUUCUCUCCAAUCAGCUAAAGUGUUCAGCACAUUGGAUUUAAAGUGUGGAUAUUGGCAAGUUGAGAUGAAUCCAGCGAGUGUGGAAAAAACGCUUUCGUUACAGCUUCAGGAAUAUAUGAAUUCUUGUGUCUCCCGUUUGGCCUCAAAAACGCAGCAGCAUCUUUCCAAAGGUUAA